UGUGGGUUCGCGUUUGUUUCAGUUUCUGUUUUUUUUUAGUUCUGGUUUCUGACAUAAGCAACAGAUGCGAUGGAAAGUCUCAGUAAAUUGUUGUCUGUCUCUCAGUGUGUAAAUUAAAGUUUAGUUUGUGUUUAACAACAUGAAGACAGUGGAUUUAAUCUGUAUUGUUUCCAUGGUCGUGAAUGGUGUGUUUGGUGAUACAGUGUCAGUGAUGGAGGGAGAUUCUGUUACUCUACACACUGGUCUGAAUGCAAUACAGUUGGAUGUUGUAAUCGAGUGGAUGUUUGGAAAUGAUCAGGUUCUCAUAGCUGUUAUCAACAGAGCAGCUAAUACAAUCUCAUUGGAUGGAGCUGAUGGGAGAUUCAGGGACAGAUUGAAGCUGAACAAUCAGACUGGAGAUCUCACCAUCACAAACAUCAGAUCUGAACACACUGGAGUUUAUAAACUAGAGAUCACUGGAGAGAAGACCACAACAAAAACAUUCAGUGUCAGUGUGUUUGGCGGUACAGGAGGAGUGAAACAAAUGUCAGUGAUGGAGGGAGAUUCUGUUACUCUACACACGGAUCUUACUGAAAUACAGAGAGAUGAGAAGAUACUGUGGCUUUAUGAACAUGAAAAUACAGUCUUAGCUCAAAUUAACAGAGCAUCCCAUAUCUUUUUUAUAAAUGAUAUUGCUAAAAAAAGAAUCAUAUCCAAACUACAUGUGGAUCAUCAGAAAGGAGAUCUCACCAUCAGAAACAUCGGAGCGGCACAGUCUGGACUUUAUCAAGUACACAUCAUCAGCGGCAUGCAUACUAUACAUAAGAGAUUCAAUAUUACUGUCAGUGAUGGAUUUAAGACAAUCUCAAUAAUGAAAGGAGAUUCUGUUACCCUACACACUGAUCUUACUGACAUACAGAGAGAUCAUGUGAUGUGGUGGAUCUCUGAUACAGUCAUAGCUGAAAUAGAUGGAAAGGCCCAGAUCAUUUCUACAUACGAUGGUAAUAAUGGGAGAUUCGGAGACAGACUGAAGCUGAACAAUCAGACUGGAGAUCUCACCAUCACUGACAUCAGAUCCACAGAGGCGGGACUUUAUAAUCUUGAGAUCAGCGGCAUUGGACACACCUUACACAAGAUGUUUAUUCUUACUGUUUGUGAUGUGGUGAAGACUGUGAAAGUGACUGAGGGAAAACCUACUACUCUUCAUGCUGGUGUUAGGUCAAAGACUUAUAAUCAACUAUCGUGGCAUUAUAAAGACACUUUUAUAGCUCAACUGAGCAAAACAGGCCAGAUCAAAUUGACACACGAUGGGAGAUUCAGAGACAAACUGGAGAUAAACAAUCAGACUGGAGAUCUCACCAUCACAAACAUCAGACCUGAACACACUGGAGUUUAUAAAGUACAGAUCAGCAGCAGCAGACUUACUUUAAUGAAGAAAUUUGAUGUUAUUGUUUAUGCACAAGAUUCCUUCAGUUUAGCUCAAACAGUAAUACUAUGUACUGCUGUCGUACCGUUAUUACUGGUGAUGUUGAUUGUGAUCAUUGGUUGCUGCCAGAUGACCCUUCUAAAGAUUAAAAAAGAGAAAUCAACCAAACAAAAAGCAUUUCCCCAACACGCAAUGAUUAAAUUGAAAGAUGAUACAUUACCAGAAGAGAAGAAAAGUACUGAUGUAUCUCAAUUCAUCUCUGCCCCUUUUCAAAUCAACAAACAAUGCAAAAGACUUUUUAAAAGCCUCGAAGAUCUUCCUUGUACAGUAUGAAUGAGUUUAAACUUUGAUAUUUAUUUGAAUUGCAUGGAAAUAUUACAAUUGAAGGUUUCCCGCAUGGAUCAUUUUAAAAGCAAGUUGUAUAUUAAGGAUCAGCAAUAUUUUCACACAGCACAUAAUUUGUAGCUUUCAUGUUUCAACAAAUCGUGUUUUAUCUGACAGCUUAUGAUUUGAAAUGAAUUGAAAUGUGAUCGUGUAUGUGAAAAAUCCAGUCUCAUGAUGAGUUUUAGGACCAUCAAAGUUUGAUUUCACAUUGAUCUCAAUCUUUAACAUGAUCUUACUUGGUUAAUAUUAAAGAAAUCAAGAUUAGAUUUUCACAAAAUGAUUAUGUACAUUAUGUAGGAUGUUUAUGUAAAAACACUAAAUCACAAUGUUGUAAAUAUGAAUAGUUUAGGAAACUUCUUUCUUUGUUCUCUUUGUCUUUAUUCUUCUGCAGACCUUGUGUAAUCAAAUCACUUAAAUUAAUUCAAUUUAUUCCUUGGGACAUACAUCAAAUAUGACGCAACAAUGUAGAAAAUGACUUUUAUUUAAAUGUAAUGAAUGUGUUUUGUUAAAGCCACAUGGCAUGAAGAAGCUGCUGCAGGUGUUUUUAACUUCAUCUGUUCAACACAAGAUAGCGGUACAUUAAACUGUAUUUGUGUAUAAAGCCUUAUUUAGAAAGUUUGAUCUGUCCAUCAGUAGUUGAUGUUAUAUUGAUCAGAGUUGGCGGCUGGUUGGCACUGGGGCGCCGCCCCCUUAAAGUUGACCAGAGCUUUUUUAACAUUUUACCAAAAAUUUAAAUAUAUAGUGCAAAUUAUUACAAAAUAAAAUCAUUUAGUUGUACUAUUUCACUGUUAGGCAUGCUAUCGUUUAUUAAAAAUAUAAAAAAUCAAAAAUGA